AGAAAAGGAACUUAGUGGCAGUGAGAAAAUUCAACCCUGGUCCUGAAGUCACCAUGGCCAGCAUGGCAGUUCAGUUACUGGGCUUCUUCACCUGCCUUAUCGGUUUUAUAGGAACCAUUAUUGCCACGGUGCUUCCUCACUGGUGGCGGACUGCUCACGUUGGCACCAACAUCAUCACGGCUGUGGCAUACAUGAAGGGCCUUUGGAUGGAAUGCGUGUGGCACAGUACAGGAAUUUACCAGUGCCAGGUCCACCAGUCUCAGUUGGCCCUUCCUCGAGAUCUUCAGAUUGCCCGAGGUAUGAUGGUCACAUCUUGCGUCUUCUCACUACUGGCCUGUGUCAUCUCUGUCUUUGGCAUGAAGUGCACCCAGUGUGCUAAAGGCUCAUCGGCCAAGAAGAUGAAUGGGGUCCUUGGCGGUGUCCUCUUCCUCCUAGCUGGCUUCACGUGCCUGAUUCCGGUGGCCUGGUGUACCAAUGACGUGGUCAAUGACUUUUACAACCCUGCUCUUCCCUAUGGGAUGAAGUUUGAGAUCGGGCAAGCUCUUUAUGUUGGCUUUUUAUCAGGUGGCUUGACCAUCAUUGGAGGAAUCAUGCUGCUGUUUACUUCUUGCCAAAAGACCGCUGAGCAAGUGCCAUAUCUCCAUCCAUCACAUUUCCUACAGAGGGCACCCAUGAGUAGGCCAGCUCCAGUCCACAAAAGCAUCCAUACCCCCUCCUGGUCCUCUGCCUCACUUAACGGCUAUCAAAUCAAUGACUUUGUCUGAGUAUGUAAAACUCCCUCAGCUCCUUCAAGUGAGCACAGACUAUUAUAUUCUUAUUAAUUCAAGAGUUUAUUUAAGACCAUAUACUGUUUACUGUAUUGCUGGGAUGACUAACAGGAGACAAUGAAGGACUUGUACAUUUGUAACUUUGUAUCUUUCAUGCUCUUUAAUUUAUUAUACAGUUACAUACAUAGGACAGAAUGA